AAACAUAUAACAAGGACACCAAUUUCGGUCCGAAAUUCAAAAUUCAAAAAAAAAAAAAAAGAUGUCCGAUAUCAAUUUGACUGCCUAUAACGCCUUUCGCCGCGAUUUGGCCAGGAUAUACAAGACAUUCAGUUCGUAUACUCAAACCGAUUUUACUGAGGAUUAUGGCACCAACACAGACUUCGAUUGCCCAGCCGAUGUGGAAUCAAAUCUUUCCAAACUUUACGAUCUCGAACUGGAAUAGUAGUUGCAUGUGGUAGAAGAGAGUUUAUCCGAUUGAGAUGGAGAACAGGGUCAAGGGAACGCACUCGGAGAUCUGUAUGGAAUCUAGCAGAAUAAGGCAUCUGCAACCGCUCAGAUCGCGAUCCCAGGAUAACGGAAUCAGAUUAUUAGCCGCAAGAAGCGAUUUGGCGAUGACACCAUGGUCUCUACCAUCGGAAUCUCCAUCUGAAUCGGAUGAAUCCGAAUCCCAAAUCUCAGGUUACACCACAGAGAGUAGCUACCGAACGGUGCCUGGUUACGAGCUCCUUUCGCAAAGUAGUUCGUAUGCCAGCAGACAAAAUCCCUACGCGUAUCCGCCAGCGGACUUCCUCUGGGAGAUCUACGUGCCCAUCCAUAGUGGAGCCACUGAGGAGGACAUCCAGACCGUUCAUGGGGAGUUGCGGGAAUUGCUGGCCAGCGAGAUGCAUUUAAUCAGAGGCGCAAAUGGACCAGUGAUCUAUCUAAUUGCAUACAGCUACAUGUGAUCACUUCUUACACAUUUAAAAUAUAUAAACCACAAUAAAAAUAAUUAUUCAAUCCCC